CCAGGUGACAAGAUUGACAAGGUCAGCUGUCAAUUCUAAUGUCUAGCACCGGUAUUUGUUUUGGUUUUGGGGUUAUGACCUAUUGUGGAUUAUUGCUGUGAUUUUGCCGGUUGUCCUAGUAUUAUAUCUGGCAUAUAGCUGGCUUUCCGUAUAUAUGUUUUCGUGGUCGUUUCUGAUUCUCGUACAUAAUGUUACUGCAGCAAGUCAGUUUUCGAAGUGUGUCACUCAACAAUUUGUUAAAAAAUCUCAAUUUGGGCUCUGUAUCAGCAGCCCGGUGGAACAGUUCAAAAAAAGAUAUAAUUUUAGGCAUAGAAACUUCCUGUGAUGAUACCGGUUGCGCUUUAAUAGACACUGAUGGAAAUCUUCUUGGCGAAGCAUUGAAUUCACAACAUUUAAUACAUCUCAAUAAUGGUGGUAUAAUACCACCAAUAGCCCAAGAUUUACAUAGGAAGAAUAUAGAGAGAGUUGUGGAGGAGGCAGUAGAUGCAGCAAAUGUUCAGUUUGAAGAUAUUUCUGCUAUAGCUACUACUGUUAAACCAGGACGUGAUGGGGGGCUUAAAUGCAACAAAUUUCACCUUAUACAUGGUGCCCCAGAAAUAAAACGCCAGAGUGACACGGGAGGUAGAUUGGCUUCAGAUCAUAUCAAAGAUGAGUUGGAUUCUGUCUAUGGGAACUCUGCACCAUCAUUUACUACGUGGCCGUAAGACGAUGAACGUUUGGGACGUCCAAAAACUGCAACUACAGACGACAACAAUGCCAAAGUUCACCAAAUGGUGCUAGACGACCGCCGAAUUAAAAUGAGAGAGAUAGCAGAGGUGAUGAACUUGUCAAAAGAACGUGUUUAUCACAUAUUAUAUCAACAUUUAGGCUUGAG